AUUGUUAGAAACCUCAAGCGCAUUUCAUAAGAAGAUAACUUUAGUGUAAAUAGUAGAUGCGACAUUGUGUUAUAAAGUUGUACUACAAGCCAAGAGUUGAAGAAGGUGUUGAAAAUGAAAGGGCCUCAUUUAAUUGGGAUUGGUUGAACAAUAUUUUUGGUUGCAAAUAUAAAGCAGGAGAGUGGCAUUGUGCAUUAAAGGGUUAGUGGCCAAACAUUAGUGGGAGAAGAAGACUAAAAAGAAGUAAAUCACUUAUUCAAAGUAUACUUUUGAGAGAAAGAAGACAACAUGGAGGAAGCAAAGGGAGUUGUGAAACACAUACUUGUAGCAAAGUUCAAGGAUGGAACUACACCUAACCAAAUUGACCAUCUCAUCAGAGAAAUGGCCAAUCUUGUCAACCUUAUUGAGCCCUUGAAGUCUUUCCAUUGGGGCAAGGAUGUAAGUGCUGGGAACAAAAAUCAAGGUUUCACUCAUGUCUUAGAAUCCACUUUUGAGAGUAUGGAGGGUGUUGCAGAGUAUAUUGCUCAUCCUGCUCAUGUUGAAUACGCAAAGGCACUCCUGCCUCAUGUGGAGAAGUACAUGGUGAUUAACUACAAACCCACUACUCUUAAUUUUGGAUUGGAAGGCUGAUAGCAGUCAUCUAAAAUCCUACUUCACAAUAUCUCAAUAAAAAUGAAAAACUGAUGGUGAUGAUUUUAUUUGAAUUUAUCUGAGUAUCUUUCAAUGAAUUUUAUUCGUA